GGAGCCCGUGUGUCAGUUAUUCCCCGCAAGUCCCGCCUCUUCCGGGGCCGACGAGGCUGGGCCUCCGCCUCCUCCUCCCUCUCGCUCGCUCGCUGGCGCUCUCCCUUUUGUGAGUUAUAGCAACCGUUGCCUUGUGAAUCAAGCGCCAUAGUCACCGUAGUCCUGGCGACUGUUACCCAUCAACAACAACGGCUCCUCUCCUCCUCCUCCUCCUCUUCCACCUCCUCCUCCUCCUGCUGUUCCUCCUCACCCCCGUCCUCACCAUCAUCACCCACAACAACAACAACAACCACCGCCACCAGCAAGAGCAACACCACCACAGCCCUCCACAGCCCAGCAGAAAUAUUUUCUACUCAUCUUGAUUCCCUGUCAUGAAUCUCUUGUUCACUUUUCAGCUUUGGAAAGAAAGAAACAACAAUGCAGACGUCAGAAACUGUGUCGGACACAGGUUCGACAGUGACUUUACAGACCUCUGUAGCCGGCCAAGCAGCUGUGCCCACCCAGGUGGUACAACAGUUACCAGUGCAACAACAGGUUCAACAAGUACAAACUGUACAACAGGUACAGCAUGUAUACCCAGCCCAAGUACAGUAUGUGGAGGGAAGUGAUACCGUCUACACAAACGGAGCUAUACGAACAACCACGUAUCCUUAUACAGACACUCAGAUGUACAGCCAAAACACUGGGGGGAAUUACUUCGAUACCCAAGGAAGUUCUGCACAGGUGACAACUGUGGUCUCUUCUCAUAGUAUGGUGGGCACUGGAGGCAUUCAGAUGGGUGUCACUGGAGGACAACUCAUCAGCAGCACUGGAGGUACCUACCUGAUUGGCAAUUCAAUGGAAAACUCUGGCCAUUCAGUGACUCACACAACCCGAGCCUCCCCAGCUACAAUUGAAAUGGCGAUUGAGACACUGCAAAAGUCUGAUGGUCUGUCCACUCACAGAAGCUCUCUUCUCAACAGCCAUCUCCAGUGGCUUUUAGACAACUAUGAAACAGCAGAAGGAGUGAGUCUCCCUAGAAGUACCCUCUACAAUCAUUAUUUGAGACAUUGUCAGGAGCAUAAAUUGGACCCAGUUAAUGCUGCCUCUUUUGGAAAACUAAUAAGGUCAAUUUUCAUGGGACUACGGACCAGAAGAUUGGGAACCAGGGGGAAUUCCAAAUAUCAUUACUACGGGAUUCGUGUCAAGCCAGACUCUCCUCUUAAUCGACUACAAGAGGACAUGCAAUAUAUGGCUAUGAGACAGCAACCCAUGCAGCAGAAACAAAGGUACAAGCCUAUGCAGAAAGUGGAUGGGGUUGCAGAUGGUUUCACAAGUGGUCAGCAGACAGGCACAUCUGUUGAACAAACUGUAAUUGCCCAAAGUCAGCAUCAUCAACAAUUUUUGGAUGCAUCUCGAGCACUUCCAGAGUUUGGAGAAGUUGAAAUCUCUUCUUUGCCAGAUGGUACUACUUUUGAGGAUAUUAAGUCAUUGCAGAGUCUCUAUCGAGAGCACUGUGAGGCAAUAUUAGAUGUUGUAGUGAAUCUUCAGUUUAGCCUAAUAGAAAAAUUGUGGCAGACUUUCUGGCGUUAUUCUCCUUCACCAACAACUGAUGGGACAACCAUUACUGAGCCAAGCAAUCUGAGUGAAAUAGAAAGUCGACUUCCGAAAGCAAAGCUGAUUACUCUGUGCAAAAAUGAGUCAAUUCUGAAAUGGAUGUGUAACUGUGACCAUGUGAUGUACCAGGCUUUGGUGGAGAUUCUCAUUCCUGACGUCCUUAGACCUAUUCCUAGUGCCUUGACCCAAGCCAUUCGCAAUUUUGCAAAAAGCCUUGAAGGUUGGCUUUCCAAUGCCAUGAACAAUAUUCCACAGAGAAUGAUUCAAACCAAGGUUGCCGCUGUAAGUGCCUUUGCUCAGACUCUGCGAAGAUACACAUCUCUCAAUCAUCUGGCUCAGGCAGCUCGUGCUGUGCUGCAGAACACUUCUCAGAUCAACCAGAUGCUCAGUGACCUCAACCGUGUUGAUUUUGCCAAUGUCCAGGAGCAGGCUUCCUGGGUGUGCCAGUGUGAUGACAAUAUGGUACAGAGGCUGGAAACAGAUUUCAAGAUGACUCUUCAGCAGCAGAGCACUCUGGAGCAGUGGGCUGCCUGGCUAGAUAACGUAAUGAUGCAAGCACUGAAACCCUAUGAAGGAAGACCUAGUUUUCCUAAAGCAGCACGGCAAUUUCUGUUAAAGUGGUCUUUUUACAGUUCAAUGGUUAUUCGAGAUUUAACCUUGCGCAGUGCUGCUAGCUUUGGUUCUUUUCAUCUGAUCCGUCUAUUGUAUGAUGAAUACAUGUUUUACUUAGUUGAACAUCGUGUUGCUCAAGCCACAGGAGAGACACCUAUUGCAGUCAUGGGAGAGUUUGGUGACUUAAAUGCAAUAUCUCCUGGAAAUAUGGACAAAGAUGAAGGCAGUGAGGUUGACAGUGAAAUAGAUGAAGAAUUGGAUGAAGCUGGGGAGCCACAAGCAAAAAGGGAGAAGACUGAAAUUAGCCAGGCCUUUCAGGUGGGCUGCCUCCAGCCAGUCGUCCUGGAGAGUGGAGUACAGCAGAACCUCCUGAGCCCUCUUCACAAUGAGCACAUUGUUACAGCUACUCAAACUAUCAGACAGUGCAGUACUACUGGAAAUACAUAUACUGCAGUCUAACAAAAAUUAAAGCUCUUUUUUCCCCCAGAAUAUAUUAGCCCUGUUGAUGUUGGGCUUAUCAUGGGGGAGGGAAGGGAUGCAAAAAAGAAGUCUGAAAGCUGACUGUUGUCAAAUUUUAUCUGUGCUUGAACAUUACUUUUACUGGAGUUGUGAAAUGGAAUGGGUGUAUGUAUUUUGCCAGGUCUCUUUUUUGGGGGGGGGAAACGGUAAAUACAAUCAUUUUACACUGGCCGCUUAAUAUAGAGUUUUCUUAGUUUCAAGAGUCAAGAAGCAUUUUUGCGAAGCUUAAAUGUUAAUGUUUUUUGUCCUCUUUAUAAUUAGAAGUAAUUUAAUUUUUUCACAGUUUUUACAAAAUAUUUUAAUGUUAACUGUUAGUCAUGGUGAUUUCGUAUAAAUAGGGUUUUUAAUUAAUUGCACUCUGAAAUAUCAAGAAUUUUCCUUUUUGAUUUACACUGGAGGCAUGCUCACUUGACAGUGGCUGCAUUAAACUGUUCCUAAAAAGCAGCUUUCUUUGGAGAGAACUGGAAGAUACUAUUUUGAUACAUUUCAGAGUGUUCAGGGGAUAUACUGAAAAUUUAUUAUAAUGCUAGAGAACAUAGUCUGAUGUCUUUCUCAGAGGAAGAGUGACUCAUGGUUGCAGGAAAAACAAAAGCUCUGAUAGCAUGUGGUAAUGUGUGCUUAAUAAAUGUACAGAUGACACCAUUAUAGACAGUGCAAGCUUCCUUUUAAAAAAAGUUUUAGUUUUUUUUGCAUACUAAGUCAUCUCUUUUUAAAACUACUGAUUUCAAGCAUAGUCUGCCCAAAUGAAUUAUUCUGUGCAACCUCCUUUCUUUUUAAUAAAGCAUGCACAAUAUUCACAUAAACCGCAUUUGGAUUCGAACCAAGAGUCAAACCACCUUUAAAUGCAUGGAGGUUUUGUUACAAUAGUGCUUGGUGGAUUAUGCAUCACUCACACAAAUGGGACCACUACCAAGAUGCUUUCUACUCUUCAGUAAAACUACAGAUAUUUAAUACUGAAGUUUUUUAAAGUAUCUUGAUUUAUUCUUUUCUAAGUGUACCUGCUAUUUCUCCUGAACUGAAUAUGCAGGAAACCAUUCCUUUCAGAUGACUUUUAAAAAAUUCCAUGUCCUUUUCCUCAUGAUAGUUCAAUCUGCUGCUCUUGUUAAAGAUAGUUUAUAGGAUGCAAGGAAUGUAGCAACCUGCAUUGUAAUUUUGCUCAAAAUAAUUCCUGGUUCUUAAGUGGAUUUCAUUUUAUACAAAAAUGUUUAAAAGGCAGUGAAACUGGCACAUGUCACUUGUACUUAUUUCCCAAUUGCGUAGAAUUUGAGUAGGUGGCUAGACGGACCAUUGCCAUUUAAGAAUGUACAUCAGGGAUCAUUGUACCUCGGCUAUUACAUGGUGCCUUAAACAGAACUGAAGCUAAGAUUUUUCUUGUUAAUAACUCUUACAUUGAUUCAACAAAGUGUGCCUGUCUUCUUUCUUUCUCCCCUCACCCUCAAAUUCCCAAAACAGGAAGGGCAGGUUACAUAGUUUUCAGAAAUCAAGAUUUUUUUAAUUAUAUAUACUAUCCCUCUUAGAGUGACGGCCUAUUUCUUUCUUAUUUAUAGCUGGAUUUCACUUUAUUACUAAUCAGAUUUUCUUGGUUGGGUGCGGGGAGUGGGUGAAAACAAAACUAGCUUUAACAAUGUCAGAAGUCAACAGAAUAGGUUAGCCAAGUCUCAAACAAGAAUUUAUAUAUAUAUAUAUUUCUAAACCCUUAUCUACUUUUAAUUUUUAAAAAAGUAAGCAGAAUUGUAAAGCAGCAUAUAGUUUCAAUUGUGCAUACGAUGGGGGGGGGGGUGUCAAUCUGCUAUUUUAUUUAACUGUUAAAUCAUACUAUAUGUUGUUUUCUUUCUAUUCUAACUGACUUGUUACAGGUAUAAUGGGUUAAACAUUUGGUUUUAAGAAUUCCUGAAUUUCCUUAGCCUGAUCAAAACAAACCAAAAAUGAAGGAAAGCACAAAGAAAAAUUACAGAGUUGCAAGGCCUCUGUAAAAUAGUAGACGCCUUGUCUGUCAUUUGUCUGAAAGAUGAUCUGUAAGGUUACAGUUACCAAAUGAUUGACCAGCAGGCGGAAUUAUUGGUAUAUAUAUAUAUGGCACACAGGUUUGAUCCUAGGUUUUUCAUAUUUCAAAAAUUUCUAAAGAUUUAUUUUUUCAAAAUUUAAACAUUUCUGUUUCUAGACUAAGCUUUAAGAUUUGCUUGAGAGUUGCAGAAUCUGAUGCCUGCCAGCAGUGUGGGCUAAGCUAGGUUUAGGUCUAGUAAUUUCUGCCAUUUCGUUAAACGUAUUCUCAGAUGUUCCAUUAAGAUUUGGUUCACUCUAUUAUUUAAAUGUGUUCUUAUUCUCCCCCCCCCCACACACACACACACAAACAAAAUCCAUCACGUCUGCACUACUCAUCAAUUAUUUUUAAAAAAAGCAAGCUGUGAUAGUUACUUCUCAUUGUGUUUUAUGAAAUGUUUACACUUAUAUAACAAAGAAACACUUUUCAGCAUAGUUUUUUAAAAGUCUAAUAAGGAUGUUGUGGAUUAGAUGUAGUUUAUUUACUAGUAUGAUUCUUUUCCUAUUGCAAACUUGUACCUUUUUUCAUCAGUGUUCUUUUCUUUUUGAAUAUUGAACUUUAUUCAUACAGAGAAAUGAGAAUGAUGCAAAUUUUUAGAGAGAGAGAGAGAGAGAGAGAGAGAGACAGGCCUUGUAAAUCUUGGAUUCACCUUCCCCUUCUCCAGUUGAUCACUGUAUUUAAUGUGCCAAAAAGAUCAUCAUUGUACCUUAUCUCUUGCUCAGAUAAAAAAAGUUAUAUUCUGGUCUACAAUGCAACCAUGCCUAUAUGAUGGAUCUUUGCAGCUAGAUAUUGUCAGAAAUGCAAUGAAAAAUGCUCCAAUAAUUAUUAAUAAAAACUAAAAGUAAUUUGUGUUCAUCUAGCUACUACAUGGUAGACUUAUCACUUGAUUUUAUGAGCGUUAAUCAUUUCUGUCUUUAGUUUUAUUUAUUGCGAACAACGUGGAAUAGAUUAUUUUGUGAACCAUUUGUAUGGGCUCACUGCCUGCAUUUUCUCCAGAGGUUCUUCAGCAUAACAAGUAGGCCACAUUACUUAGAUAACAUUCUGAGACUACACUUCUUGUGCCUAUAUACUUAUACAAUUUCUUACCAACAUUUUCAAAAAGUUGACAUGCAAGGGUUUGGAUUCAUAGACUCCUGUGCAUGUAUCUAGCAAUCAGUGCAUAUACCAUGGCUCUUCCUAUUGUAGUUCUUAUAUGAUUUUGGCAGUGCACUAGAAGUUCCAGACUUUGGGGUUCAGAAUCUCUAGCCAGAUCAUCUAACACUUCGAAUGCUUGGUAUGAACUUAAAGCAAACUAUUCAACUACUUUACAGCAUAAAAUAUAUAAAACAUACAUUACAUGGAUAUGCAGCACUGAGAUUACUUACUUAUUUGAAGCACUUUUGGGGACACUGCAGGAGACUGACCUUGGAUUUGUGAGUCAUUUGUCUUUAGAGAUUAUUUUAAAGAAUAAUACUUUUUAAAAUGAAGACUUUUUGGCUUUUAAAUAAAUAAUCUAGUGAUCAAUAGAUGAUACUACUGAAAUUUCUUAUCAGUUGCAGGGCCCGGUUUUCAUAAGCUCCACAAGAAUGCAAAAUAGUUGGUGCUGUCACUUUAAAGUAACAAAUAUUUGUAUUCCUUAGUCAAAAUGCUUUGCUUUGUGACUAUUUUUGUAUUACAACUUGGAAUUACAACACUAUGUUAGACAUCUAUCACCUUUUUGAAACAUUACAGAUGUGCAAUGUUACUGCAUUUGGUUUGCCAUGGGUGAUAAUAUUUGAAACAGUACUGAUAGUACCGUCUUUCAGGAAUGUACAGAACAACAGACAAUGUAUUUAAUUUAAAACGAGGUAUUUGUAAUAAUUGGAAACAAUCUUUUGAAAUUAUUCUUGGUAAAGCAUUAAAUCACUUCAUAAUUUUCACAAGAAAAUCGGCAAGGAAACAAAUUAGUCAGAUUGACUCAACCCAAUUUCAUUCAUGGAAUUAAAUUAUGAAAGGAUUACUUUCAGGGGAAACCCCCCUUUUUAAUACACAUAAUACUAAUUUCAGAAAAUGUAAGACUGAUUCAUGAGCUCUCCCAGUUCAUGAAAAUUGGGCUCUUAUUCCUGCAUUACAUGUCAACUUCUUUCUAUAUGGUUAAAAGGAAAGGGAAUUCUAGUACUGUUGCUAGAUUGCUUGUUUAGUGACUAAAGAAAACUGGAACAGAAUCAUAAAUGAUUAGUUCUAAUGUUAGAAAAUUAUUUUUAUGGUAAUGCCUUGCAUUAACCCUUUGAGCAUUGUAAAGUUAAAGCGUCUGGUAUGAAUAAGAGUGAAAAAAAAACCACUGGCAGGAUUAUGAAAGCAUAGUGUCCACUCCCCUGCCCCGCUCCAAAUAAAAACAAAACAGCCUACAUGUACAGAGCGUAGCAAAGAAAACCUAGGAACCGAGAGGGGGAAGAUUGUUUUCUUAAUCCAAAUUAACCUAAUGACCCUGAAGCCCAGCAAAACUUUUUAUUUUAAAUCUUAUUUUACACAGUCUGCAUGUAAAUGUGAAAUAUGCCAGGCCUGUGCAUAAAGGACAUUUUGAACAUGUAAGUUCUAGCUUUGUUGACAAUGAUUCUCCAGAUUAAAUACUUGAAUUUGAAGCAGACAUCUGAUUAUAGGUUUAAUACAGUUAGAAUAACUGCCGUAUAUUUAUACUGCCUACAGAAACUAGUAUUCCUACUCUUUUUGCCAGUUAUUUGAUACAAGAAACCUGAGCUGAAAAUUAUCUUAAAAGGGUUAUGUUUUUUUGGUGGGAGGGUGUUUUACACGUAGAUAUUUAAUAAAAAAAAACAAAUUUAUAUCAGAUUAGGAAAAUCUUGCUAGUUUAGUAAGGAAAAUCUGUAAAUAGGAAUUGUAUUUCAGAAAUCUGAAUUUUAUAGAACUUUUGGAGUUAAAUUAUAUUUAGUACCGUGUCUAUAAACAGGCACACACAGGGCAUUACUGUGACUACAAUCCAGUUGACAUGCAGUUUUUGAAGCAGGGAGAGGAACUAAGUGUACUCAGGAGGUAUCUUUGUAUUUUCAGCUGCAACUACUAUCUUUUUUAAAGGCAAGGCACUUUUUUAAACUAGAAGUGUCUCGAUUCCUGAGCACCUAUGUAAUUCAAAGAAACCUCUAAUUCCACAUAGUUUGACCACUUUCCAUGAAUCAUUGCAUCUGGCAGGGGAAAGUGUAGCUUUCUGGGUAUUGCAAGGUUGCAAUUCUCAUCAGCCUGAAUGAGCAUAGACAUUAGUGAGGAAUGAUUGGAGUUGUAGUCCAACAGCAUCUGGAAGGCUGCACUUUACCUUGUCUAAGCUAGUUAAUCUCUUUACUAGUUAGGUACUGAAUGCAUAUUGGUAUAUUUUAUAGGAAUCCAAAAUUUAUGAUACUGUAGUCUUAAUUCAGAAAUAGGGAGCAUAUGAUAUAUCAAUGGAUCAUUUCUUAAAAACAUAACAGUAAACGUGAAACAAACAUGUUCUCUAUUUCAAAUCUAUGACCCUCCAGUUUGGACACUAAUGCCCCCACUACAUUGGCCUCUGGAGAUCUGACAAAUCUGGGUUAUUUUGCCUGUCUCAGGCAACCACAUACCUACAAGCAGUUCACAACAUAGAGCUGUUGACCUGCUUUGGCUUGGUUAACCCAAGCUGCACACACCUGCUCUACAUAUACUACAAAUUCUACUUUAUUAUUUCUAGCAGUAUCAAUGUGUAGUCUCAGCUGCUGUUAUGUUUAUUCUGAAAGACACCUGGAGUGGUGAAAGGCUAGCCAUUAGUAUAUCAUUUUAUAUGUAAAAAAUCUUUUGGCAAGCUGUUCAAAUUAAUGUAUAAUUAAAAAUUAAUGCAAUACUCAAAGGGUUUUUGAAUUUAUGAUUCAUAAUAAUUUACUGUAAAUGGUUCUCAGUUUGCAUGCCUUGAUCAUUGCUGCUAGUGAUUUUAUGUGCCAGUAGAACUGAGUUUACGUUACCAAUUUUACUUAAUAGUUAAAGCCACUUACAAAGUGACUGUCUAGGUUUUUUUAAUAACCCACCAUGUUUUCAAAAUUAUUUUUCUUUAUUUGAUUUUUACUUCCUUAUCUCUUGGUGUUUAUUUUUCAUUUCUUAAAAAUAAAUUAUUAUGUUAAGAUUGGAAGCCCUGAGUUAUACUUGGUAAGAAUGUAUUUGUUAAAUUCUACCUAUCUGUCAUAUAACAAGCCACAAGAUACAAGUAAAUAAAUACCAAGCACUUGAGUAUCCCAUUAGCCUCAUUCCAAGUGCAGGCCAUCAACCACUGGUGCCAAUCAGCCUCCCAUACAAAUCACAUGGCAAAUAAAUUCAAAUGCAUGUCAUUAUUUUGUGAAGCCUAAUGGAGGGAGGGCAAAAUCAUGACACAGUGCCCGUAUAAUAAUUCUGUUCCCCAGAUUAAAUUUUCCUAUGCUCCCCACAUUUCUAGCAUUGUAGUAAUGUAAAAUUUCAUUUGAGCAUUUCAAAAUACAGUACAUGUUUAGACAUUCAGAGAAAAGGAGCAGGCAAAGGUUAACAUAAAAAUGCAAGCACACAGCAAAUAUUGCAGUUCUUGGUGUGAACAAUUUUUGGUGUUCAUUCUCUGCAAUGCUAGAAAUGUGAGGACUGAAGGAGGCUUUUUUGCUUUGGGGGCAAUGCCUUUCUUUUGCCCAGUAGAGACUGACACAUCCCUUGUCUGAUUCCCCCCCCCCCCCCCAGAUUUUGGAAUACUGGUAUUUUCAUAUAUGUACAUCUCUAGGAGACAGGAACAACUCUAAACAUGAAAUUAAUGUAUGUUUCAUAUUAACACAUAGACUGGAGAUAAUUUUACACACAAUAUUUUAAAAUAAUUUUCUGCAUGAAACAACAUUUGCAUACAUUGAACCAUCAGAAAGCAAAGGUGAUACUAUCUCAGUGGACUUUGGAUCAUUUUGGAUUUUGGAAUUCCAGAUAAGGGAUAUUCGACCCGUUCCAGCUUGAGCCAUCCUUCUCUACCAUACUUAUUUGAAACCAGGGAAACAAAUGAAGUUUAAUUUGAAUAGCUAGUGUGAUUCUAAUUCUCUGGAUGGCACAGAGAAGCAAUCCACUGACUCAUAAGGUAUUCCCUGUGUGCCACCUGAUUAUGCAAAAUUUAAAAAAAUGUAUUGAGUCACUGGAUUGCUCGCUCUGCCAUCCAAGAAUGAACCAUCAAAGUAAGUAUCACACUUCCAUUCAGUAUAAUGAAUUUAGUGUUAUCUAUAACAGCAAACAUUAGGGAUAGUUGUGGCCACUUGGGGCUAUUUGUCUGCUGAGAUAACAUUGCACUGUAUCAGGAUUACUUAACUGCCCUUAAUGACCAGUUUAAAAAAUAGCUUUUGAAAACUAUGUGAAUAAAGAUUAUUUUUUUUCUAUAAGAGAUAAGUGACAUGUAACUGCAUGGCUUGUCCACAACAGUGAAGACUAUUACUCUAAAACAGCAAAGAAAAUUUGUCACAUAAGGUACAGACUAAAAUCUAAAAUGAUUUACAUUAAUAAGAAUCUUGUUUAGUAUUUAGAGAAGCUGUCUAUUUCCGAACAACGUUUUGUUGUCCAGUUGUAGUAUACAAUCCCAGGCAGCUUUGAGAAACUGAUUUUUAAGUUCUGUUUAUAGCUUCAGAGUAACCAAAUAAUUGUCAGUAUAAAUUUGUCGAAAAUUAACAUUUAACCAAAGCAGGUUUUUUUCCUUUUACUCAUUAAUUUUCCCAUUUUAAGAUUUUUUUCCCAGUAUAAACUAGUGAUGUUAUUAAAUAGAUAUAUAUAUAAACUUUUGUGUGCCUUUAAAACAAAUACCUGGGAAAUUGUGCCUGUUAAUUGGGGUAAUAUUAGUUCUUACCAGGAAGUAACCUUACUAUCACUCAGAGCUUUCAUAUUUUUCAUUAAAUCAUUUUUAUUUCAUUUUAUAGUUUGUAUUUUUUAAGUGCCAUCAUUUGAAUUUCACUUGGUAAGUGGCAGAUCAUACUUUUCAGUCCCACAAGCACAGAAAUGCAGGAAACACGAGUAGAACAUAUUGAUUGGAUCCUUAUAUUUUCCGAUUGACUGACUAUAUAAUGUAAAUGAGGUAAGCAACUUUUUGUAGAUUGUAUGUGUGAGAUAAUGUAAUGUUCUUUUCCAGUUUUUGGAUUACAGUUGAAUAUACUUUUUAAUUAUUUAAAGAAAACAUCUUUACAGAAUAACGUGAUGGGUUUUGUAUAAUGUAUUUGAUUUUGUAAAUACGUAUUUCCUGAUGUGAUUUUUGUGAAAAUGCUAAAUCUUUUAGUAUAUCAUGUCCUCUCAAAAUUGGCAGGAGCUAAAUAAUAGUUUGUGGGCAAUUUGUAUUGUGUACUGUACAAUAACUGGGGAACUUUUAUAAUUAUAAAAAUAUAUAUUAACUUUUAGUGUGUUGUUUAAACAAAUGACUGGAACAUACUAAAGAUAGUAGGAUUUUUCUGAAUAUUUCAGACUUGAACUCAGGCUAGCUUUCUUGUGUUUUUCAAAACAAAAUUGUGUCUUGUCUUUUAAAAUCAAUAAAUUUGUUUUCUUGUUACAAAUA